ACGACUCCGGCAGGAGCACCCGGUGGCUUCGCUCCCAGGCAAGGCAGCCGUGGUGACACUCAAAGUGAAAGCGAAAGAGAAGGAGGCCAAGGACUGGCGAGAAAGCAACAGGCCGGCGAGGGUGGUUUGGAGAAGCCCCCUCUUCCCCAGCCGGGCCGUGCCCGCGGGAGGCCGUGCAGAAAGGCGGUGGGGGACGCGGGGGGACGAGGGGCGGGCGCGCCGCCCCCAUGGGCACGGGGGAGCGAUGGUGCCUGCUGCUCUGCCUGGCUCUGUCCCGGGUGGCGGCUGACCCAGCUGAAAGGCAGUGGCGGGCAGUGGAUGUGGUCCUAAACUGCUUCCUGGUGGAGGAAGGUAGGCAGCAUGGAGGUUUUGCCAGCAGUAGGAACACGGUGAAGGCCUUGCUCGUGCUGAGGCAGAUACCAGUGCUGGAUGACAGCUCCCUGGAAGGCUUCACCAAUUUCCAAGGGGGCACACUGGCCAAAGACAACCCACCUGUUACCUUCGAGGCCUCAGUGAACCUGGUACAGAUUCCCCAGGCCGAGGCCUUGCUCCAUGCUGACUGCAACGGGAAGGAGGUGACCUGUGAGAUCUCCCACUAUUUUCUCCAGGCCACUGAGAAGGCAGCUUGGUUCAUCACCAAUGUGCAGGUAUCCGGAGGGGGACCUAGUGUCUCCAUGGUGAUGAAGACUCCCAGGGAUGCUGAAAAUGGGGCUGUCUUGCACCCCACACUGAACCUGCCCUUGAACCCCCAUGGGAUGGUACAGACUGCAGUGGAGCUCCAAGUGACCACACAGACCCCGUCCCUGAACUUCCUGCUGGGGUCCUCAGCCUCCCUGCACUGCGGCUUCUCCAUGGCACCGGGCUUGGAGCUGACCGGUGUGGAGUGGCGGCUGCGUCAUAAGGGCAACGGCCAGCUGGUAUACCGCUGGACCAGGGCGCAGCGGCAGGCCAAGCGGGAGGGCGCCACCCUGGAGCCUGAGCAGCUACUCCUGGCCGGGGAUGCCUCCCUCACCCUGCCUAGCCUCACUCUGAAGGACGAGGGGACCUACAUUUGCCAGAUUACCACCUCUCUGUACCAAGCUCAACAAAUCAUCCAGUUCCACGUCCAAGCUACCCCCAAAGUACAACUGAGCUUGGAGAACAAAACUCCGCCAGCCACCCUCAUCUGCAGCAUCGCUGGCUAUUAUCCUCUGGACAUGGCCGUGACAUGGACCCAAGAGGAACCAGGCGGAGCCCCGGUCCCAGUCUCUGGUGCCUCCUUCUCCAGCCUCCGGCAAAGCACAGCAGGCACCUACAGCAUUUCCUCCUUCCUGAGGGUGGAACCUGGCCCUGCAGGCACCACUUACACCUGCCAGGUCACCCACAGCUCCCUGGAGCAGCCCCUCAGGGCCAGCGCCCAGGUCUCCCCACCAGAGCAGAAAACAGCCUUUGGAGUCCUUUUUGCCAGCAGCCUCUUCCUUCUUGCCCUGUUGUUCCUGGGGUUUCAGAGACGGCAAGCUACCUCACCAAGAUCUGCCAAGACUCUGAGGCCCUCUGGGUAACCGCUCUCCUGCCUCUGAGAAAAG